CACAAUCUUUGACAGCACAGUCUUCCACAGCACAAACGUCUACAGCACAAUCUUCUAUAGCGCAGUCUUCUACAGCGCAAUCUUCUGUGGCACAAUCUACAACAGCACAAACUUCUACAGUACAAUCUUCUUCAGUGCAGUCUUCGAAAGCACAAUCUUCCACAGCGCAAUCUUCUACUGCACAAUCGUCUACUGCGCAAUCUUCCUCAGCACAAUCUUCUACAGUACAACCUUCUACAGGGCAAUCUUCCACAGCACAACCUUCUACAAUAAAAUUGCAUUCGUCCACAGCACAACCUUCCACAGUACAAUCUUCUACAACGCAAUCUUCGACAGCGCAAUCUUCUACAGCACAAUCUUCCACAGCACAACCUUCCACAGUACAAUCUUCCACAGCACAAUCUUCUACCAUGCAAUUUUCCACAGCACAAUCAUCCUCAGUGCAAUCUUCAACAGCUCAAUCUUCUACA